AGCCCAUCUCUUCUCUUGGCUGGAUUUAACAAGAUGAGCUACAAAAGGAGCCCCUGAUAUGACAUAUCUUGGUAGAAAGAAAGAGAGUGGAAACUGGCUAGCAAUGUUCAUUUCUUGUCUUGUCUUUUUCCUUUCUGCUCUUCACAAUGCUGUUUCACUUGUAGAUACAAGCACAUUUCUAAUAUAUAAUGAAGACCAUAAGGUCUGUGUAUAUGUUCAAGCCGCCACCUAUGUUACAACGGCUGUUUGUAGUUAUGAAACUGAGGCCCAAAAAUUCAAGUGGAUUUCCAGAUACCAGUUGAUGAGUGUUUCCAAUAAAUUAUGUCUGGGAGUAUCUUCAAAAAUUGACUGGACACCAGUUGAGCUGUACCCAUGUGACUCAACAAAUAGCUUACAGAAAUGGGAGUGCAAAAAUGACACACUUUUUGCCAUCCAAAAUGCAAGCCUGUAUUUCAACUAUGGCAACAAAGCUGAAAAAAGAAUUAUGCUCUACAAAGGAUCAGGCUUAUGGAGUAGAUGGCGAGUCCAUGGAACUAAAGAUGAUUUAUGCUCCCGGGGCUAUGAAGACUUAUUUACCUUAAAAGGCAACAGCAAUGGGGCUCCUUGUGUAUUCCCUUUCCAGUAUGCUACCAAGUGGUAUGCAGACUGUACAAUUGAAGGAAGGACUGAUGGUUUGCUGUGGUGUUCAACUACAAGGGAUUAUAACAAAGAGAAGAAAUAUGGAUUCUGUCCUGUGAACUCUGAUGCAAACUUCUAUUGGACUACAGACCCUGUGGCAAGUGUCCAGUAUCAAAUAAACUCAGAAGCUGCUCUAACCUGGUUCCAAGCUAGUAAAAGUUGCCAACAACAAGGUGCCAAUUUGUUGGGUAUCACAGAGGUACAUGAACAAAUGUACCUUACAGGGUUAACUUCUACUUUGAGUACUGCACUCUGGUUGGGUCUUAACAGUUUGGAUUUCAACAGUGGCUGGCAAUGGAGUGGUAGCUAUCCUUUCAGAUAUCUAAAUUGGGCACCAGGAAGCCCAUCCCCAGAGCCUGAGAAGAUCUGUGGAGUAUUAAAUCCUGGUAAAGCAGCCAAGUGGGAAAACCUGGAAUGUGAUAAAAAACUUGGUUACAUUUGUAAAAAAGGAAAUGCCACUCUGAACAACUUCAUUAUUCCUUCAGGUAGGUUAGUAAAUGCAACAUGGAGAUAAACUGGCAAAAUUGGCGUUGCCCUGAUAGGAAAUGAUAGUGUUUAAGUUUUCUUAAAAUGCAUUUGUGAAUCCUCUCAUA